CCGAUAAUCUACAUCCUCACACCACCACCACCACCACCACCACCCAGCGACAAUGGCCGCCGCAACGAUGAACGGGCAGCUACCGCAAAGUGUCUUCCCCAAAAGCCACGUAGGCUUCGACAGCAUCACCACCCAGAUCGAGAAGAAGCUGCUCAAGCGCGGCUUCCAGUUCAAUGUCAUCUGCGUCGGUCAAACUGGACUCGGCAAGUCGACUCUGAUCAACACCAUCUUCGCGUCACACCUCGUCGACAGCAAGGGGCGUCUUACCCCCAACGAGCCCAUCCGCCAGACCACCGAGAUCCACCCCGUCGCACAUGUCAUCGAGGAGAACGGUGUGCGUCUGCGCCUCAACAUUGUCGAUACUCCCGGCUAUGGCGAUCUGGUCAAUAACGACCGCUGCUGGGAUCCUAUCGUCAAGUAUAUCAAAGACCAGCACAGCGCCUAUCUGCGAAAGGAGUUGACCGCUCAGCGUGAACGAUACAUUCAAGAUACUCGCAUCCACUGCUGCUUGUACUUCAUCGCACCAACCGGUCACGCGCUGAAGCCGAUUGAUAUUGUGGUGCUCAAGAAGUUGAGCGAGACGGUCAAUGUGGUUCCUGUCAUCGCCAAGGCUGAUAGUCUCACCUUGGAGGAGAGGCAGUUGUUCAAGGACCGCAUAAAGGAGGAGUUUGCAUUCCACAACAUUCGCAUGUACCCCUACGAGAAUGAGGAGUACGAUUCGGAAGAGGCGGCAAUGAACUCUCAGAUCAAGUCGAUCAUCCCAUUUGCGGUUGUCGGCAGUGAGCACAACAUCAACGUCAACGGCAAGACUGUUCGUGGCCGCCAAAACCGCUGGGGAACUAUCAAUGUCGAAGACGAGAAACACUGCGAAUUCGUCUACCUCCGCGACUUCCUCACCCGCACCCACCUCCAGGACCUCAUCGAGACAACAUCCCAGAUCCACUACGAGUCAUUCCGCGCCAAGCAGCUGCUUGCACUCAAGGAGAGCUCUGCACAGGUGCACGGCGGCGGCAGCCGACCCAUCUCUCCAUCAGCCGACCGCGAGCUCAGCAGGCAGAGCCAGCGCAUGACCAUGAACGGGUACUAGACCUUGCUCUUCUCAACCGACCCGCUUGAUACCCCUCACUUGGAGCAUUUAUUAAAUACACAAAUCCCCCGAGCCGCUUGACUUAAUUUGCUGACAUGAGUGCUCUCAAGACCUCCGUCGAUGUCGAAGGGUCCAAUGCCUAUGUCAUCGCACAAUGCUCCGCCUUCAAACCUCACCGGGCCCCCACCCAACACGGCUGGAUCGCAUGGCACACCGAAACAUUCUCGUGGCCCUGCGAGCCAAGGGACUUCCGACCCAGUAAGGAUAAACUACUUCGAGAAGAAGUACUGAGUCGACUUUCCUUUCAUGUUCUUACAAGGGUUCGGGGAGUUUCGGGAAGCGUGGGAAUUCUUGACAAUGGCCGCAGAGCCUGCAAGGGAAUGGCAGCGGGCAUUUGCCCCACACCAAUACCUGUGGGCAUGUCUCUUUUGUGAUGUGUUUUCUGUUUAUACAAGAAAGCGUGGAGUAUUCUGGAUAUAUUAGCAUUGUGUUGGUAGUGCUCGAUGAAAAUUGAGAAGUUAAUUGGUCAGCCCUGCUAGUUUGGGUCUAUUCUACAGUACGCGUUGCCACCGGUCUUAACAGGAAAACGAGAGCAAUGGGUGUUGACGGUGUCUGAUCGAUGCUUCACCCUAUUUACCUACUGAACAGGUGUUACUCAGUCUCAUAC